AAAUUUCCAUCUAGCCCAACUUGAGGUGCUCUGACUUUCCAAAAAAAAAAAAAAAUCCCUCGCAGCCUUCACUGCAACUUUGAAGGCAGAAGGCAGAAGGCAGAAGGCAGAAAGAACAAGGAAGGACUGACGAGUGACGUCCAAGUAUCUAACGAAGACUCACCUAACGCCAAGUCGUCACUGCUCACGCAGCCACCGAGUCACCGACCCACGGCCAAGCCGGCGCAUCCGACGGCCACCAGACACCAGCCGACCACCCGCUAAUCAGAUCUGCCCCUGCCGGUGCGUCCUAAAUCCUAUCUUCUUCAACAAUGCCUACAAAUCCGGCGGGAAACUCCAAUAACGCAGUGGAGCUAUUCCUUAAAAUAGGGUUAGAUGAGAAAGUAGCUCAUAAUACAAUUGCAAAUAACAAGGUUACCAAUAAUCUGUUGGCAGUGAUUCAUGAGGCGGGUGUUACCAAUGGUUGCGAUCGGACUACUGGAAAUCUUCUAUACACUGUUGCUACAAAAUUCCCUGCCAAUGCUCUUGUGCAUCGGCUAACACUGGUCGGAUAUGUUGUUUCUUCAAAGAUUAAGACACCAGCUCAAUUGGAAGCUGCUUUCACAUUUUUUGCAAGUGUCGGUCCUGAAGAUCUCAACUUAAGUGACUUUGAAUUAGCUUGUGGAGUCGGUAUUGAAGUUUCUAAUGAAGAGAUAGAGCGUUCAGUUGGUGAAGUCUUUGAAGAGCUUAGAGCAACUAUUUUGGAGCAGCGAUAUAAAACAAAUGUGGGUGACUUGUUUCGACGUGUUCGUGAGAGACAGCCAUGGGCUGAUCCAAAGAUUGUUAAGCAAGUGGUAGAUACAAAACUUCGUGAGCUACUGGGUGAAAGGACUGCAGCAGAUGAUGAAAAGCCAGUUAAAAAGAAGAAGGAAAAGCCUGCUAAAGUUGAGGAAAAAGUUCUUGCUGCUGCUCCAGCUCAGCCAUCUGAAGAAGAACUUAAUCCAUUUUCUAUCUUCCCACCUCCAGAAGAAAAUCUUAAGGUCCUCACAGAAGUUUUCUUUAGUGAUGGUUCUAUUUUAAGAGCUUGCAAUACAAGGGAAAUUCUUAACAAGCACUUAAAAGAAACUGCGGGAAAAGUUCGUACCCGCUUCCCACCUGAGCCCAAUGGGUACCUUCACAUUGGUCAUGCCAAGGCAAUGUUUGUCGAUUUUGGAUUGGCUAAGGACAGAGGUGGACAUUGCUAUCUAAGGUAUGAUGAUACAAAUCCUGAGGCUGAAAAGAAAGAGUAUAUUGACCAUAUUGAAGAGAUAGUCAGGUGGAUGGGAUGGGAGCCAUUCAAGAUAACUUACACCAGUGACUAUUUUCAAGAGCUCUAUGAACUAGCUGUUGAGCUCAUAAGGAGGGGUCAUGCUUAUGUUGACCAUCAGACUUCUGAUGAAGUAAAGGAGUACAGAGAAAAGAAGAUAAAUAGUCCUUGGAGAGACAGACCAGUAGAAGAAUCCUUAAAACUUUUUGAGGAAAUGAGAAGGGGAAUGAUUGAGGAAGGAAAAGCAACACUAAGGAUGAAGCAAGAUAUGCAAAGUGACAACUGUAAUAUGUACGACCUCAUUGCAUACCGUAUCAAGUUCACUCCUCAUCCUAAAGCAGGAGAUAAGUGGUGUAUUUACCCUAGCUAUGAUUAUGCGCACUGCAUCGUAGACUCUCUUGAAAAUGUAACGCAUUCGCUCUGUACAUUGGAAUUUGAGACACGGCGGGCGUCAUAUUACUGGUUAUUGCAUGUACUUGGCCUAUAUAUGCCUUAUGUAUGGGAGUACUCACGGUUGAAUAUGACAAACACAGUGAUGUCAAAGAGAAAACUUAAUUGUCUUGUUACUGAGAAGUAUGUUGAUGGGUGGGAUGAUCCUCGAUUGAUGACACUUGCUGGUUUGCGCCGUAGAGGGGUGUCAGCAACAGCAAUUAAUACCUUUGUUAGGGGUAUUGGAAUCACUAGAAGUGACUCUAGUCUAAUCCGGUUAGAUCGCCUUGAAUACCAUAUUAGAGAAGAGCUAAACAAAUCAGCUGCUCGCGCAAUGGUGGUUCUACAUCCCGUAAAGGUUGUUAUCACCAAUCUAGAAGCUGGUAAAGUUAUUGAACUUGAUGCUAAGAAGUGGCCAGAUGCUCAAACUGAUGAUACCUCAGCAUUGUACAAGGUACCAUUUUCUAAUGUUGUAUACAUAGAAAGAUCUGAUUUUCGAAUAAAAGACUCGAAAGAUUAUUAUGGACUUGCUCCUGGGAAGUCUGUCUUGUUGAGGUAUGGAUUUCCGAUUAGGUGCACAGAUGUAGUUGUUGGUGAUGACAAUGAAUCGAUUAUUGAGAUUCGUGCUGAGUAUGACCCAGAGAAGAAAACGAAACCAAAGGGUGUCCUCCACUGGGUUGGUGAGCCUUCCCCUGGUGUUAAUCCACUUAAAGUGGAAGUCAGGCUUUUCGAAAGACUUUUCCUUUCUGAGAAUUCCGCGGAGCUUGAUAAUUGGCUUGAUGAUUUAAACCCCAACACAAAAGUUGUCAUACCUGAGGCAUAUGCAGUUUCUUCACUCCAGAGUGCUGUACUCAGUGACAGAUUUCAGUUUGAACGUUUAGGUUACUUUGCUGUGGACAAGGACUCCACACAAGAGAAAUUGGUUUUUAACCGCACAGUCACAUUAAGAGACAGCUAUACCAAGGGUGGGAAAUAGACCAUGCAUGUGGUCAUGAGAAUGUUCCUUUACGUUUUAUAUCUGAUUUAAUCAAUACUUGUAUAUGCGAGUUGGGAAACAAGGUGUAACACUUUGUCUGAAUAACAAGAUAGAAAGGUAAUGGAAGGGAACAAGGGAAAGAAAGGCAAAUGUGGAGCUCUAUUUUUCCUCGGAGUGUCUCCAACUUUGGAGGGAUAGUUUUUAUUGAAGACGAAGGGAAAAAUGGAUCUCUUCCCUUCCUUUUCCCAACCGGUUAUCCAAACAAGUAAAUUUGUCUGCUUGUCCCUUUUCCUUGUGCCUCUUUCUCUCAUUUGCUCUUAUCUAAACAAAGUGUAGUUCACUAUUUAUUGUUGAAAUAUGUAUGAUAUAAUUUGAUCAA